CGUACCUCACACUUCCGGUAUAAUUUAUGAAUCAUUUUUUCGAAAUUUGACAAAUUUUCGCAUAGAUAUUAUCACAAUGACGUCUUGGUUCUUUUCGAAAACGAAAAGUAAUGUACCUGCUCCAACUGCACUCCAGACACAGCGAGCAAGGCAAAUUGCAACCCUAAAAUCGUUCAAUCAGAAUGUUACUGAGAUCCGAAGAGAUGAAGAGUACAGAGUAAAUUUGACUCUUGGUGGAACUACUAGUAUCUCACUGAACAUCACUCUUCCUCCACAGUUUCCACAGAUAAGGCCAAUGGUGUCAGUGUAUCCCCCAGUUCAGCAUGCUUGGGUUGACCAACAAAAUCGUGUAACUGGCUGUAUGAGCCUCAAUGAGUUCAACAUGCACAAGGACUUAGGAAAAAUUGUCAGAGAAAUAGUAGAAGAGUUCCAGCGUAAUCCACCACAGCUACAAGGGCAGCGCAAUUAUAGCAUGCUGCCCAAUCUUCCAUAUUCUCUUAACCCACCAGGUGGCCAUGUUGCUCCUCAGGGGGCAGCACCUCCUCCAUUCUCAGGAGCUAACACAGCGACACCUUAUUCUUAUACAAGAAACACAGGCCCAUCUAAUGACUAUAUGACAAAUAUCAGAAUGCCAACUUUACCACCACGCUCCAGUGUAACGUCAGAUGUGCCCUCGGUGCCCCAACAUUCUAUUGUGACAUCACAAAGUAGUCAACCACAGUACAGCUCUUCGUAUAAUAAUAUGUCUGAGCAUACAUUAGGUACAUAUAAGAUGCCUGAUAUACCCACAAGUUUUCCACAACUAAGGGAUUUAAGUGUGUCAGAGCUUCAAGAACUAAGUGAAAAUGAGGACAAACUAUUAGAGAUCUUACAACAACUGCCAGAGAUUCUCAAACUAGGGGAGGAUAGACAACACAUGUGUAAUACAAACGAAACAAUUGCAAAGGAAAAUAUUGCCAAUCGGCCUGUUAUUGAGAAAAAUAAAGAGAUACUUUUAAAAAGGUUUGAUGAUCUUAAUGAGCUCAAGACAAGAUUUGAUACAAACAGUCAAAAACAGGAUGAACUAAGGGAGACAUACAGCGCACGUAACAUAGAGACAACACUAAAAUUGGCCACACUGGAAGCUGAGGAACAAUCAGAAAAAAUAGCAGAUGAAUUUUUGAGUAAAAAAAUACCAAUAGAUGAUUUUAUACAACAAUACUUGGAAAAAAGAUCUUUAUGCCACAAUAGGCGCUCAAAAGAAGAAAAACUUCAACAAAUAGUGAACAGUAAGAGAAUGUACUAAAGAAAUGAAAAGUGGAGAAUAGGACUGACCAGGAUAUUAAACUAAACACUUUUAAUGUAAACUAUCACUUAGUUAACUCAGACCCAUGUCAAUUUGGACUAUUCUCAACUCUGACCUUAAUUCAAGGAGACCCUUGUCACAUGUGACGUACUCACGGCAAAUCCAUGAUGUUGGAUUGAUAUUGGAUGUCCUGGGGACAAAGGGAAAUCAGUCGAUUUCUAUUUAUCAGCCUGUUCCCUGCACAAAUUUGACUUGGGCAUUAACCAGCAUCUGAGUUGACGAGAAACCAAGCUAAGCACCUAUUUGGCCAGUCUUUGCAGUCUGUCAGGGAGUCUACAUAACUGAAAAAGACACUUAGAAUCCAUGACUUGCAAAAAUAGCUUUGUUUUCUCCUAAUGUACAUUAAAUGAUCAUCGUGGUCUUCCUAUACAUAGAGUAGUUAUGCAGAAAUGUUUAUUGGCUCUUACUUCAUAAACAUUUUUCUCAUUCGAAUGAGUCAUACUG